AUGGCCAGCCACCGCCCACCCGGCUCGCGACAGCAGCAGGCCUACGACGAGCUCUUCCGCCGCCCGCAGCCUCAGCCCUCACCCGCUCCCCGCCCACCCUCACAACAACCCGCGGCGCAACCCCAACCCGCCCAGUACAGACAGCAGCACCAGCAGCAGCAGUACUACUCUCAGUACCAGUCCUAUCAUCCACAGACUGCGCAGGGGCAGUACGCGCAGUUUGGGUUGGCGAAUCCCGCGACUGGACCAGGAGGAGGGGGAGCGGGCACACCCUCCGGCUCGUACGGAUCCCACACGCCGAGGUUGUCGAACGGCUCGAGCUACAGGACUAGCACGGACAGCGGGUCGCACCGCGCGUCGAGUUACUACCCCGACUCGUCCGCCUCGCUCCAACAGCAGCAGUAUCCCUCCUCGGGCGCGGGUGGGUACGCACCUGCUGCGUCGUACGCUCCUCAACGGGCAUACAGCAGUGCGCAGGCGUACCAGAGUGCCGGAGCGGGCGCGGGCGCGGGCGGAUGGACGGCUCAACAACCGCAGGCUCCCCUCUCCUCGUCCUCCGGAGCGUACACCCAGUCGUACUACCCCGACCCCUCUCCAUCCGACUACGGCCGUCUCCCUAUCGCAUCCGACUCCCCGCCCGUCCCGUCCUCAUCCGCAUCGUCCGUCUCGCAUCGUGCGAGCGGCGGGUCAGUAGCCUCCGUCCGACCUUACUCCUCUCCUCGCUCGGGUUACGCGCCGAGCCUGUCGUCCGGUCCUGCGACGGCAUCAACUUCGACGUCUCUCUUCUCCCGCGCAUCAACUUCAUCCGUCUCUUCCCUCCCCUACACUUACCCCGACGCCUCUUCCUCCUCUCAGACGCACACCACUCCCCCCUCGUUAUCCCCGAACCCGUCUCUCUCACCCGCUCCUAAACACCACUCCUCAACGCCCACUCCCACCCUCCCCCAAUUCCCUCGACUGCCCGAACUCUUCCCCCAAGACACGGCAGGAGCGGGGGACUUCUUCACCUCUUUCGACCCCGUCUCGCCUGACCACUCGACGCGAGCGGGGUGGCAGAACUCGAGGAGGACGUCGGCGGGGGGUGUGACGCCUACGCCUGGGUCGGGGCAGGGGCAGGGUGGGAAGAGGGCGAGUCCGGGCGUGAGAGCUGACGAGGUCGAGGGGGGUUUGUAUGAAGUGAAUGGUGGGAAUGGGGUGGCUGCAUACGAUCCCUACCUCAGCACGUUCGAUCGCUCCCGCCGAAGUUCAGCCGACAGCGACGGCCGCUCGCUCUACCAACCUCAAUCCGCCGUCCUCCCCUCGAACCUCAACCAUUCCACCACCUCGCUCGGCUAUCCCUACACCUCCAACACGCCCUUCGCGAGCUCGACUCCCGCACUGCAGGGACGGACUUCGAGCGAGUCGAUGCGCGUUGGGCCGGCGCAGGGGAAGGUGACGGGCGGAGCGGGACCGGGAGCGUAUCAGGAUUCGAGGGCCAUGUCGUUCUCGGCGGGGGACAGGCCGGACUUGUUCCGUGGAUACGACUCGCCUGCUUCGGCGUUCUCGGCUUCGCAGCCGUCGCUGGCGAUGGUGAGGCCGCCGUCGUACCACUCGACGUCGGGACACGGUCAGCAUUCUACCAACGCCGGCGCAGGAGGAGCGGGCGCCCUUGUCCCCCGCCGUUCGCCGGUCGUCUACCCCGCCCUCCUCUCUCGCGUCGCCGCAGCAUUCAAAGAGCGCCUGCCCGUCGCCGAACGAAUCAAAGACGGACUAGUCUACCAAGACGCGUUCGACGGCCGCGAAGCAGUCGACAUCAUCUCGUACAUCAUCCGCACUUCAGACCGCAACCUCGCGCUCUUGCUCGGCCGGGCCCUGGACGCACAAAAGUUCUUCCACGACGUCACGUACGAUCAUCGGUUGCGCGACUCGCCGAACGAGAUUUACCAGUUUCGCGAACGCCUUGCCAGUCCGUUCCUUAGCUCGGAGGAUCUCGUGCCGGGGGACCAGCAACAGGUUGCGCAGCAUCCGCACAAGCCCAAUUCGGCGGCCGCGCAGGCUCAGGCGGUGGGUCAAGCGCUCCACGCGCGAUCGACGUCUCAGUCUCCUCCUUCCUAUGCGCACCCUUCCUCCACGCCGUUCCCCUCCGCUCCUCCACCCCGCGCCGCAUCAGUAGCAACAGACGACGACUCUCCCCUCCCCAUCGGGGUCUUCACCCUCCUCACGGACUGCUACUCCCCGACCUGCACGCGCGACCGGCUUUGUUACUCGAUCGCCUGUCCGAGGAGGCUCGAGCAGCAGGCGAGGCUGAACCUCAAGAGGGAGGGAUUGAGCGCCGGGUUGGAGAAUGUCGCGGGCUUGAAGAGGAGCGAUUCGGUCGAGAGUUUGGGAAACUUGAGGGAACCCGGAUCGUUGUGGAUCCACUCGGUCCCGCAGGACGUUAUCGACUCGACCUCGGACCAGGAGAAGAAGCGACAGGAGGCGAUCAACGAGGUCUUCUAUACCGAACGCGACUUUGUUCGCGACCUCGAGUACUUGCGAGAUUUCUGGAUCAAGCCGCUCCGGUCGUCGAACAUCAUCCCCGAAGCGCGGCGGGAAGACUUUGUGACCCAAGUCUUCUGGAACGUACUCGAGAUCUACGCCGUCAACGUCCGCCUCGCCGACCUGCUCAACAAGCGCCAGAAACAGGCGCACGUCGUCGAUCACAUCGGAGACAUCUUCCUCGACAUGGUGCCGCACUUUGCGCCGUUUGUCAAGUAUGGCGCGCAUCAGCUUUAUGGCAAGUACGAGUUUGAGAAGGAGAAGGGGAGCAAUCCCGCUUUCGCAAAGUUUGUCGACGAAACGGAGCGACUGCCCGAAUCGCGCAAACUCGAGCUGAACGGCUACCUGACCAAGCCGACGACCCGACUCGCGCGGUACCCUCUCCUCCUCGAAGCCUGUCUCAAGCACACGGCGGAGGACAACCCCGACAAGGUGGCGAUUCCCAAGGUGAUCAAGAUGGUCCGCGAGUUCCUCGCCAAGGUCAACAUCGAGACGGGCAAGAGCGAGAACCGGUUCAACCUCGCCCAGCUGGACCAGCAACUCGUCUUCAAGAACAGCGAGGCGGUCGACUUGCGAUUGCGCGACGAGGAACGCGAGUUGAUCUUCAAGGGCCCGUUGAAGAAGCGCGGGGGAACGCAGAGCGAGUCGGCAGAGUUGCAGGUCUUUCUCUUCGAUCAUGCGAUCCUCAUGGUCAAGCAGAAGAGCAAGAACGAGCAGUACAAGGUCUACCGCAAGCCCAUACCUCUCGAGCUCCUGGUCGUCGCCGCCGUCGACGAUGCCGCGACUGCACGAGGCGGCGCCGUCCGACCACGGUCGCUCAUGGCUCGCAGCGGCGCCAAGACCCUCCCAGCAACGGCGAACCAGCCUCCUCCCGGCGCCGACAAGAACAAGCAAGGUUUCCCGCUCACCUUCAUCCACCUCGGCCGGAGAGGGUACCAGAUCACGCUUUGGGCGAGCACGUGGACUGCGCGCAAGAAGUGGCUUGACAAGAUUGAGGAGCGGCAGAACGAGCUGCGCGAGAGGAGCCUCGUCUUCGAGACGAUCCCGCUCACGGCUGGGUACUUUGUCGGGACCAACCGGCUCACCUGCGCUGCGCCCUUCGACAACGGCAACCGGAUGGUCUACGGCACCGACAACGGCGUCUACCUCGCCGACUUGCGCGAGAAGAGCAAGGUCCCCGUCAAGGUCAUCUCGGUGCCCAACGUCACGCAGCUCGACGUCCUCGAGGAGCAGGGCAUCCUCAUCGUCCUUGCGGACAAAGCCGUCCAGACCUUCUUCGUCGACCACCUCGACCCCGGCGACGCGAUCGGCGCAGCCAAGCGUUCCCGCAAGAUCUCGGCGAACGCGACCUUCUUCAAGGCCGGCCAGUGCCUCGGCCGGACGCUCGUCUGCGUCGUCAAGUCGGGCAACGUUUCGAGCACGAUCAAGACGCUCGAACCGGUCGACCAGGUGCGCGGGAAGAAGCAGCCGACGAUUCGCAAGUUCUUGCAGGGCAGCAACGAGAGUCUCAGGGUCUUCAAGGAGUUCUACAUCCCGACCGAGUCGUCGUCCGUUCACUUCCUCAAGUCGAAACUCUGCGUCGGCUGCACCAAGGGCUUCGAGAUCGUCGACCUCGAGACGCUCGACACGCAAGGCCUGCUCGACCCGGCCGACUCGAGCCUCGACUUUGUCCAGAAGCGCGAGAAUGCCAAGCCGAUCGCGAUCUACCGCAUCGACGGAGAAUUCCUCCUCUGCUACGACGAGUUUGCGUUCUACGUCAACAAGAACGGCUGGCGGGCGAAGCAGAACUGGAUCAUCCAGUGGGAGGGAUUCCCGUCCGGCUUCGCCCUGCACUAUCCCUACGUCCUCGCCUUCGAGCCCACCUUCAUCGAGGUUCGACACGUCGAGUCGGGCGCCCUCAUGCAGAUCAUCCCGGGCAACAACAUCCGCUGCCUCUUCGCCGACUCUCCUCCCUCCGCCUCGGCCGCGUCCUACUACCGGCAGCAGCAGCAGCAGCCGAACAACAUCGCCGCACGCUACGGCUCACCUUACGGACACUCGCCGCCCGUCAGACUCGCGCCGCCGACUGCGCGGAGCGGCAUCAUCGUCGCGGACGGGGACCGGGCCUUUUCGCUCGUCUUCAACGCCCCGACGGAUCUGUAG